CCUCAACUGCAAAAUCAGACUAAAGUAAUCAGAGCGUGGCCAAGUACCGCGAGGUACGGAUAACGAUCUCGUCAGUUCCUGAACACGGGCUGACUGCGACUGUAUUUAUAAAGACUCUCGCUCUCCAGCAAUGAGCCAGCUCCCCACGCAUCCCAGCAUCCUGAGCUACAAUCACUAGCAAGUCUACGACUGGAUUGUUUCCUUCAAGAGCAAGAUGGUGGGCUACAGUAGAAAAGGAGGCAAGUUCCAUAUCGGCUACUAUGCCCAUGAGCCCGUUGUUGCCGGCGAGGAUUUGCGCCACCACCUUCGCCUUCUCGCCGCGUUCCAGGCGCUUCGCCGACGUGCCUCGCAAGAGACGACGCGGAGAGAUGCGCCACCUGCCUAUUCGGAAAAGGAGAGCGAUCAGGAGUCGUCGUUGCCUUUGGCCCCCUCAACAUCAACGACGGAGCGAGGGUCGCCUCCAGCCUUUGACGACGAGGCCAACAGCGCCAGCCUCUGGAACACCUUUCUGGUCCGGGCUCUGCACCGCUUCGAAGUGUACCUUGAAAAGGUCCUGACGCCCACAAACACCCGUGCCGAUCCUCGGCCUCGAUUUCGCAAUCUGAUCCUUACGCCUCACCUUAUUGGCCUCUCUCGAGACGGACUGAACAAGCUCGACGAUGAGCCCGAGCCGAGACCGUUCGAGGUACCCGACAAUCUCCUCCCGCCCCUCGACGUGGCCUUGAUCUGACUCGUACAUGCUCAAUCCAUCGCGGUACAUCGAAGACGCACACCUUGUACCGACGCGCUACGUGCUUCUCCGCGUUCGAUUCCCUCUUGCCAAACUCGC